GGGUUGGUCUUUGGGCUUUUGUGUUGUCAGGCAGAAAGUCUGUUGACACACUAGCACCAUUAGUCUGAGUGGCUCAUGUCCCUGAUUCAUAGGCAGUGCACAUUCUGCGCCGUAACACGAAUAUUUUCCUCCGUCUGGUUUGCAGCUAAAAAGCCAUUUUUACCCAACAAUGUCGGUGGGAGUGGAGUCUGGGUUUUCAAGUGAAGAGGUCCUCAGCAGCCGCUUCCCUCUGCACCGGGCAUGCAGGGAUGGAGAUGUCGGUGCUUUGUGCUCGCUAUUACAGUGCACCGCAAGCCCGACUGACCUCGCCGUCGAGGACACCUUUUACGGCUGGACGCCCAUACACUGGGCGGCUCAUUUCGGAAAGCUGGAGUGUGUGAUGCGUCUCGUCCAGGUUGGCUGUGGUGUGAACGUUGUGACCUCCAGGUUUGCCCAGACUCCCACUCACAUUGCUGCAUUUGGGGGCCACCCCGAGUGCUUGUUAUGGCUACUCCAAGCUGGUGCAGAGAUUAAUAGACAGGACUAUGUGGGCGAGACGCCCAUCCACAAGGCUGCUCGUGCAGGCAGCCUAGAGUGCAUCAACGCUCUCUUGAUUCAGGGAGCGAAAGCUGAUAUGAGGAAUGCCAGUGGGCUGACUGCUGCCGACCUGGCCCACGCCCAGGGAUUCCAGGAGUGUGCUGAGGUUCUCUCCAAUGCCCAGAACUUCCAACAAAACAUGGCUCAGUUCCGCAACGGGGCUUUUCUGAAUGGCACGAUCCAGAGUGUGGGUCACACCCAACCCGUUCUCCUUCAACGCAGCCUCUCAAAUGGUGUGCCCAACAGAAAGAGGUCAUUCGAUGGCAUGGAAGCAAACCCAGUGAAGAAAGCCAGAUCAAACGGUUUGAGUGUUCAUCCAGAGUUCAUGAACGGGAAUGGGCCACUAGGUGGUGCUGCAGAAGUGGAGAGCAUGAACAUGGAGUUGACAGCGACUGUAACUACAGUGACCAGUAAUAAACACUGCAUUGGCCAUGGCUUAAAUGAAGUCAGACAUUCACUGCCUCCACCAGUUGAGUUCUCUUCUGACCAACAUCGCAUCACUGACUCUCCUGAGCUCAUCAGCACUGCAGUCAGCCAGAUGGAGCACCAGAAGUGUGUGAAGGCAGCUCAGCUCUAUGACCUGGUUCUUCACAGCACCAUGCUUCUUCACUAUGGACUGUAAAGCAAAUGAUUCUGGUUUUGCUUAUAAGACUGAAUCAGAUGUUUGCCUUAAAUGCCAGUGAAUGGUUUCCAUUGGUAAAUUAUUAUUAUUAGUUAUUAUAAUAGUUAUUUGCUGUUGUAAAGUGAAUGCAUGUUUUUGUACAAUAAAUCUUAAGGUUUAUCUUUGCUUAUAAAAAAAGUUAAAUAUGCAA